AGAGCCACUGUGGCUCAAGGUUCAGUGAUUUAGCAUGGUUGGCCAAUGAUGUAACGUUUCACCCAAAUCAUCAAAGGUAAGCUUCGAGAAGCAUGAGAACGUCGUGUGUGUGGGUGGUGUGGUUGACCCCCGUGGUCGCAAUGAAGAUGUACUGGACCGAUUUCGACAGCGGCAAGAUCCAUAGACGCGACGUCGAUGGUGGCACAGUGGAAGAGCUCGUCAAUGAUGGGCUUGUUAAUCCACUUGGCAUAGCGCUGGAUGUGACGGCAGGCAAGAUGUAUUGGACCGAUUUUGGUACCGCGAAGAUCCAGAGAAGCGACCUCGAUGGCGGCAACGUGGAAGACCUUGUCACCAAAGGGCUGAACCAUCCAUUUGGCAUCGCGCUGGAUGUGGCGGCUGACAAGAUGUACUGGACCGAUCUGGGCACCGCCAAGAUCCAGAGGAGCAACCUCGAUGGUAGUAGCGUUGAAGACAUCAUCACCAACGUGCUGCGCACUGGCAUCGCGCUGGAUGUGGCGGCUGGCAAGAUGUACUUGACACAUCAUUAUGUAUUCAAUGGUUCCGCCAAGAUUCAUCGAUGCAACCUCGAUGGCAGCAUCGUGGAAAACCUCGUCACCACGGACUUAAGCUAUCCAUCGGGCAUCGCCCUGGAUGUGGCAGCUGACAGGAUGUACUGGGCCGAUUGGGGCUAUCGAGAGAUCCGGAGAAACACCCUCAAUGGUAGCAGCACGGAACGCCUGGUCACCAGCACACGAAAUAUCAAACUCCGAAACAUGGGCGACUCCGCUGGCCUUGCUCUGGAUGUGGCGGCUGGCAAGAUGUAUUGGACCGACGCUGGUACUAGCAAGAUUCACAGAAGCGACCUCGACGGCAGCAGUGUUGAAGACCUCGUUACCACAGGUAUCACAUCGCCACAAGGCAUCGCGCUGGAUGUGACGGUUGCCCAAAGAAGUACGACAAAAUACGCAAACAAGAACACUGGUUCAUCUGAAUCCCCCUUUUUCUUGCCCUGACUCAUGGUCGAGGAUAACAGCAGCGAGGGCAAGAAGGCGCAGAGGUACAUAAGCAGGAUCGUGCCACGGACUGGAAGCUAUGACACGUGACAUCGCGCGACAUCGUGUCGCUGCAGUGUUUUGCGUUCGUUCCGUUGCCAGCGCGGCUCGUCACCCAGACCCAAAUGAAGACCUUGCCCAACGAGCCAAAGCUGCAGUUUUUCCCAGUCUCUGCAGACGUGGCUAUUUAGGGCCGCCAUGCCCUCCAGAGGUGCUUCACCGUGCCGUGCCGCAGUGCCGAGCGAAGCCAUGCGAUGGGGUCAGAAGGGGUCAGCUCGUGAUCUCGAUGCCUAGAUGUACCCGAUGCCGGGAUCAGGGCCGUGCAGCGAGGCUACCAGGGGCUUCGCCAUCCCAGUUCCCAGAAGUGCGGCCCUGUGCUGUGGUGCUAGGCGGUGCAUUGCCGUGGGGCUUUAUAGAAGACCCCAGAGCGUGGUCUCAGAGCCGGCAGGUGCCGUUCUGUGCUUCGGUGCCAGGCCGUACCGUGCAUCAUCAUGGGACGACAGGCGUCUUAAGUGUGAUACCAUAGGUGUUCGCGUUGCCAUGGAGUGCCGUACUGUGUCGUUGGUACCCACCGUUGUUGUUUCGGGUCUCUUUGGCGGAUGUUCGUUUUGCUGUGCGCGGCCGUUAAGCGGAGAUGGUUGAACGCGAGUUACAGUUUCACCGAGUUUUCUGUAGAUACUCCCCGAUAUAAAGCAAAGCUUGAACUGACGAAUGCCUGCAGCGUCGCGUCCGAUUUCAUUGUUGAGUCUUGCUGGAGGCUGGAGCUGUACCAGGUCACCGCUUACGGCAGGGAGCUGGUGAAGACCUUCAAUUGUCCUUCUGCCCCUUCUUGCAUCGCCCUCGCGGCGUUGCAUGCAGAUCGCACUCGAGUGCUUGUAUUGUGCGGUCAUCAAGCACUUCGUCUGAGAAUCACGCCUGUAAGCAAAAGGUCCGCCUCAUUCUCCUCCUCACCCUCCUCCGUCCUGAGCACCCCGCUCGCGCCCCGCUUGCCUCCCCGGAGCGGUUCGAAGUCCCCGUCAACGGUCAGGCGUUCAA